AUGUGGAAUCAUUUUAAUACAGAUGGAUCAAGGACCAUAAACCACCUUGAAGGAUGGCAUGCAGCUCUUAACAAAGCUGUUGGUAGAGCGCAAAAAAACUGCAAUCGGCCACAAAAGAUGAAAACAAAAUACAAAAAAUUAGAAGAAAAAUUAUCAUUUGCAAAAGAAAGGCUACAAAAUGGUGCGAUUUCUAUCUUGGAGUACAUGGACGCCAUAAUGUUUCAUUUACAUUUGUAA